AUGCGCGAGCCGUCGACGGCGGAGGCGGGGGCCGCGCAGGUGGAGCUCAGCUGCGCAUCGUCUGCAGGCUCAGCAGCGCCUCCACCAGCCGCGAGCUCGGGGGCGAUGCCUGCCGCCGUAGACUUGCGCACCGCCUCGAGGAGUCCGUAUCGUGAUCUCAAGACGGCCCUGCUCGUCGGCAUCCCUGCGAUGGUCAUCGUGGCUGUCGCGACGUGGGCCAUCACUGCCGAGACCGUGGGCGGGGUCAGGGUGGUGGAAGUGAGCCCCUGGGCCGACAGGCCCAUCACGGGCGACCCCAUCCCAGUGCCGCCCUCGUCCACGCCCGCCGCCGAGCUGGCGCUCGAGCCGUGCCCCUCGUGGGCUCGGACGCAGUUCGCCAAUGGUGCCCUCAUCGACGACGCGCUGACCGCUGCUGGCCCGGCGCUGCCGCUGUGGUCCGAGUUCCCGCUGCCCGAAUUCAAUGUCAGUACGCUGACCGACGUGAGGGGCAGCGGCUCGAUCCUGCCCGUGCAGGCCGAUGGGGUCAACUUCCUUACGCCGCCUCGCGUGGUGAUCACCACCGAUCUCGACAAUGAGUUUGACGACUGGCCCGCCGUCAUCUGGGCCUUGCUCGGCAGCGUGGGCGACGCGCCGUCGCUGUCCGUUGAGGCCAUCUACAUUGAGCCCUUUUCGUUCCGGUGGCAAACCGUGCUCAAGGUGAUCGCGUACAAGAUUGAGCAGAAGCCCGAGGAGGAGGUGAGCGGCCUCGAGGCGGCCUUCCUCGCCGUCUACCAGACGACGCUCGAUAACAUGCGCCUGAAUGGCUUCACGCCUCAGACGUGGGUUGAGACGGACAACCAUGCGAUCUGGUGCCCGGAGCGCAGCAUCGCCGAGAGCCUCGCCUCCACGCAGCGCCUCGUCGGUCUGCUCGCGCAGGCGGGCGGCGAUGACGCCGAGGAGAUCGCCGCACUCGCCGACACGCCAAUCCUCGCCGGAUCGACCGCCUACCUCACCGGGAGUGACCCGAGUGUGCCGCUUGAGAGCGACGCGGUCAGCGACCUGAUCGCCCGUGGUCGCGCGGUGACCGACCCUGCAAACGACCCGCUGUACGUGGUGUGCAUCGGCGCACCGACCAACAUCGCAGCGGCGCUGCUGCAGGCGCCGGACCUCGUUCAAAAAAUCAUCGUCGUGUGGGACGGCGCCUGGCCGUCGGACGAUGAAACCCACGCUGCGACGGGGUCGUUCAACGCGGGCUCCGACCCCCUUGCCCUGCGCGUGCUGUUCGGGUCGGGAGUGCCGCUCAUUUACGCGCCGGGCUUCCCGUCCCUCAUGGACCUCCAGCUGUCUCGCCCCGAGGUUGAAGCGUGGCUCUCCGGGCGUGGCCCCGUCUCUGACGCAAUCUACACCCGCUUCCUGGCCAACCCGGAUCUGCAACCGUACGGCAUCGGCGAGUACAACGAAGCUGGCACCUCCCGCAUUCAGUGGGACAUCGGCUGCAUGGUGCCCUUCAUCGCGCCGGGGCUGUUGACAACCGUGCGUCAGCCGGCGGUGGACAUCGUGCAGGUUGCAGCGAGCUGCAACGGUCUAUUCAACUCGUGCGAGGGCGUGCGCCCCUCGUAUGACUCCUCUGGAUCGGGUGGCGGUGGAGUCGCGAUCGCGACGAGCUGCGCGACGCCCAACCUCGAUGGCGCGUCGUGCCGCGACGGCUACUUCUACCCGGCGGAUCCGCCGCGGCCGGAUCUGAUCGAGAUCCAAGUCUACUGGGGCAUCGCGUCGCCCACAAGCAUCAUGCGCGAUCUGCUCGUGAAGCUCCAGGCCGCGGGGCUGUGA